UUGGAGCGUGCGCGCGCCGGAGACGAGGAUAGUGAGCGCGAGGGGAAGAAAAGGGGGCGGGGGAGAGAGAGGGAGUUUAGAGGUUGUAGACUGGAAAGAGAGCGCCGCAUAAAGCGAGGCAUAAGGCUCUCUCGGAACGUUGGGAGGCAGGAAGGCGCGCGCACUCCUUCUCAUUGGCUGGCGCGCGCCUCGGAGACAGGUUGCAGUUGUUGGAUAUUUCCCUUACAAUGGCACAGAGGACAGGACAGGAGGACCCUGAGAGAUACCUCUUUGUGGACAGGGCAGUUAUCUAUAACCCUGCUACGCAGGCUGACUGGACUGCUAAAAAAUUGGUGUGGAUACCUUCAGAACGUCAUGGAUUUGAAGCUGCCAGCAUCAAAGAGGAGAGGGGAGAUGAAGUGCUGGUUGAACUGGCUGAAAAUGGAAAGAAAGCAGUUGUCAACAAGGAUGAUAUUCAGAAAAUGAACCCCCCAAAAUUUUCUAAAGUAGAAGACAUGGCAGAAUUGACAUGUUUAAAUGAAGCCUCUGUUCUGCAUAAUUUGAAGGAUCGAUACUAUUCUGGACUCAUCUAUACAUAUUCUGGACUCUUCUGUGUAGUUAUAAAUCCUUACAAGAAUCUCCCAAUUUAUUCUGAGAAUAUUAUUGAAAUGUACAGGGGAAAGAAGCGACAUGAGAUGCCUCCACACAUUUACGCAAUAUCUGAAUCUGCAUAUAGAUGCAUGUUACAAGAUCGAGAGGACCAAUCCAUUCUUUGCACAGGUGAAUCGGGUGCCGGGAAAACAGAGAACACCAAGAAAGUCAUUCAGUAUCUUGCACAUGUUGCUUCCUCACACAAAGGCAGAAAGGACCACAAUAUUCCUCCCGAAUCACCUAAACCAGUGAAGCACCAGAGUGGAUACCUGUUGUAUGGUGAACUGGAACGUCAGCUUCUACAGGCCAAUCCCAUUUUGGAAUCCUUUGGGAAUGCAAAGACUGUAAAAAAUGAUAAUUCUUCCCGUUUUGGCAAAUUCAUCAGAAUAAAUUUUGAUGUUACUGGUUAUAUUGUAGGGGCCAACAUUGAAACGUACUUACUAGAAAAGUCACGUGCUGUUCGUCAAGCCAAAGACGAGCGGACUUUUCACAUCUUCUAUCAGCUGCUAGCUGGAGCAGGUGAACAUUUGAAAGCUGACUUACUCCUUGAAGGAUUUAAUAACUACAGAUUCCUAUCCAAUGGCUACAUACCUAUUCCUGGCCAGCAAGACAAAGAUAAUUUUCAGGAGACUAUGGAAGCAAUGCAUAUCAUGGGCUUUUCUCAUGAUGAAAUCUUGGCUAUGUUAAAAGUCGUCUCCUCAGUACUACAGUUUGGUAACAUUUCCUUCAAGAAGGAACGAAACACUGACCAGGCAUCUAUGCCAGAAAAUACAGUUGCACAGAAACUCUGCCACCUGUUGGGAAUGAAUGUAAUGGAAUUUACUCGAGCAAUACUUACUCCACGUAUUAAAGUUGGCAGGGACUAUGUCCAGAAAGCACAAACCAAAGAACAGGCAGACUUUGCUGUGGAGGCAUUGGCAAAAGCCACAUAUGAACGCCUUUUCCGUUGGCUUGUUCAUCGUAUUAACAAAGCUCUGGAUAGAACGAAGCGACAGGGAGCUUCCUUCAUUGGCAUCCUGGAUAUUGCUGGAUUUGAAAUCUUUGAGUUAAACUCCUUUGAACAGCUUUGUAUCAACUACACCAAUGAAAAGCUGCAGCAGUUAUUCAACCACACCAUGUUUAUUUUGGAACAAGAAGAGUAUCAAAGAGAGGGCAUAGAGUGGAACUUCAUUGAUUUUGGACUGGAUCUGCAGCCCUGUAUUGAUUUAAUUGAAAGACCUGCUAACCCCCCUGGUGUACUAGCUUUGCUUGAUGAAGAAUGUUGGUUUCCUAAAGCAACUGACAAGACUUUUGUGGAUAAACUGGUCCAAGAGCAAGGAACCCAUUCCAAAUUCCAAAAGCCACGGCAGCUGAAGGACAAGGCAGAUUUUUGCAUCAUUCAUUAUGCAGGAAGGGUGGACUACAAGGCAGACGAGUGGCUUAUGAAGAAUAUGGACCCUCUGAAUGACAACGUGGCCACUCUUCUGCAUCAGUCUUCAGACAAAUUUGUUGCAGAGCUCUGGAAGGAUGUUGACCGUAUUGUGGGUCUAGAUCAAGUUACUGGAAUAACAGAAACUGCAUUUGGCUCAGCUUACAAGACCAAAAAAGGAAUGUUUCGUACAGUGGGGCAGCUAUACAAAGAGUCACUCACCAAACUGAUGGCCACACUCCGAAACACUAACCCAAAUUUUGUUCGGUGUAUCAUUCCAAACCAUGAAAAGAGGGCUGGAAAACUGGAUCCACACUUAGUUCUAGAUCAACUUCGAUGUAAUGGUGUUCUAGAAGGAAUAAGAAUUUGUCGACAAGGCUUUCCCAACAGAAUAGUGUUCCAAGAAUUUAGACAGAGGUAUGAGAUCCUGACCCCUAAUGCAAUUCCUAAGGGUUUUAUGGAUGGGAAGCAGGCUUGUGAGAGAAUGAUCAGAGCAUUGGAGCUGGAUCCCAACUUGUAUAGAAUUGGACAGAGCAAGAUCUUUUUCCGCGCUGGUGUUCUGGCACAUCUUGAAGAAGAAAGGGAUCUGAAGAUAACUGACAUCAUUAUCUUCUUUCAGGCAGUCUGCAGGGGAUAUCUUGCCAGAAAGGCCUUUGCUAAGAAACAACAACAGCUGAGUGCUCUGAAAGUCCUUCAGAGAAAUUGUGCUGCCUAUUUGAAGUUAAGGCAUUGGCAGUGGUGGAGAGUGUUUACAAAGGUGAAGCCUCUGCUUCAGGUUACACGUCAGGAGGAAGAACUUCAAGCUAAAGAUGAAGAGUUACUGAAAGUUAAGGAGAGACAGAUAAAGGUGGAAUUGGAACUUGAAGAGAUGGAAAGGAAGCAUCAGCAGUUGCUGGAAGAAAAAAACAUUCUGGCAGAGCAGUUACAAGCAGAGACAGAGCUCUUUGCUGAAGCUGAGGAGAUGAGAGCCCGCCUGGCUGCAAAGAAGCAAGAAUUAGAAGAAAUUCUACAUGAUUUAGAAUCUAGGGUAGAGGAGGAAGAAGAAAGGAACCAAGUGCUACAGAAUGAAAAGAAAAAAAUGCAAACUCACAUACAGGACCUGGAGGAGCAGCUUGAUGAGGAGGAAGGUGCUCGACAGAAGCUGCAACUUGAGAAGGUAACAGCUGAAGCCAAAAUAAAGAAGAUGGAAGAAGAAAUCUUAUUGUUAGAGGAUCAGAACUCAAAAUUUCUUAAGGAGAAGAAAUUAAUGGAAGAUAGAAUUGCAGAAUGUACUUCGCAGCUGGCUGAAGAAGAGGAAAAGGCCAAAAAUUUAGCUAAACUCAAAAACAAGCAGGAAAUGAUGAUCACAGAUCUGGAAGAACGCUUGAAAAAAGAAGAGAAGACUCGUCAAGAGCUGGAAAAGGCUAAAAGAAAACUUGAUGGAGAAACCACUGACCUACAGGACCAAAUUGCAGAGCUACAAGCUCAGAUUGAGGAACUGAAAAUCCAGCUUGCCAAGAAGGAGGAGGAGCUACAGGCUGCCCUUGCCAGAGGGGACGAGGAAGCUGUCCAGAAGAACAAUGCACUAAAACUAAUACGUGAACUUCAAGCACAAAUUGCAGAACUACAAGAGGACCUCGAAUCAGAAAAGGCUUCACGCAACAAGGCAGAGAAGCAAAAGAGAGACCUAAGUGAGGAGUUAGAGGCACUGAAGACAGAGCUGGAAGAUACCUUGGAUACCACUGCAGCUCAGCAAGAGCUCAGGACGAAGCGUGAGCAGGAAGUUGCUGAACUGAAAAAAGCACUUGAAGAAGAAACAAAGAAUCAUGAAGCCCAAAUACAGGAUAUUAGACAACGGCAUGCAACUGCCUUGGAAGAACUCUCAGAACAGCUUGAACAGGCUAAAAGAUUCAAAGCAAAUCUUGAAAAGAACAAGCAGUGUUUGGAAACUGAUAACAAAGAGCUGGCUUGUGAGGUGAAAGUGUUACAGCAAGUUAGAUCUGAGUCAGAACACAAGAGGAAGAAGCUGGAUGGUCAGGUGCAGGAACUGCAGGCCAAGGUUGCCGAAGGAGAGAGACUGAGGACAGAGCUGGCAGAAAAAACAAAUAAACUGCAGAAUGAGCUAGACAAUGUUUCAAGUCUCCUGGAAGAAGCAGAGAAAAAGGGUAUAAAAUUUGCCAAAGAUGCUGCCAGUCUGGAGUCUCAGCUACAAGAUACCCAGGAGUUGUUGCAAGAGGAGACCCGCCAGAAACUGAACUUGAGUAGCAAAAUUCGGCAGUUAGAGGAAGAAAAGAACAAUCUGCAAGAGCAGCAGGAAGAGGAGGAAGAGGCCAGGAAGAAUUUGGAGAAACAUGUGAUAGCUCUUCAGUCCCAGCUGGCUGAUGCCAAAAAGAAGGUUGAUGAUGAUUUGGGAACUAUUGAAGGGUUGGAGGAAAAUAAGAAGAAGCUUCUGAAGGACAUGGAAAUUCUGAACCAACGUCUAGAAGAAAAGGCAAUGGCUUAUGAUAAAUUAGAGAAGACCAAAAACCGUCUUCAGCAGGAGCUAGAUGACUUAAUGGUAGACCUUGAUCAUCAACGCCAGAUUGUUUCCAAUCUGGAGAAGAAGCAGAAGAAAUUUGAUCAGAUGCUAGCGGAAGAGAAGAAUAUAUCUGCUCGUUAUGCAGAGGAGAGAGACCGUGCAGAGGCUGAGGCACGAGAAAAAGAGACAAAAGCACUGUCCUUGGCACGAGCCCUGGAGGAAGCUUUGGAGGCUAAGGAAGAGUUUGAGAGGCAAAACAAGCAACUUCGGACAGACAUGGAGGACCUGAUGAGUUCAAAAGAUGAUGUGGGCAAAAAUGUUCAUGAGCUGGAAAAAUCCAAGCGCACAUUGGAACAGCAAGUUGAAGAGAUGCGAACACAGUUGGAAGAACUAGAGGAUGAGCUGCAAGCCACCGAAGAUGCCAAAUUACGUCUAGAAGUAAACAUGCAAGCCAUGAAAGCACAGUUUGAAAGGGAUCUUCAGGCCAGGGAUGAGCAGAAUGAGGAGAAGAAGAGACUCUUAGUAAAACAGGUACGGGAGCUGGAAGCAGAAUUGGAAGAUGAGAGGAAGCAGCGGGCUUUGGCUGUAGCAUCCAAGAAGAAAAUAGAGGCAGACCUGAAAGACCUAGAAGCUCAGAUUGAGGCUGCAAACAAAGCCCGCGAUGAAGCAAUCAAACAACUUCGUAAACUGCAGGCACAGAUGAAAGAUUAUCAGCGUGAAUUAGAAGAAGCCCGGGCUUCUAGAGACGAAAUAUUUGCUCAAUCAAAAGAGAAUGAGAAAAAGCUCAAAAGUCUUGAAGCAGAAAUUCUUCAACUACAGGAGGAACUUGCUGCCUCAGAGAGAGCUAGACGCCAUGCAGAGCAAGAGCGUGAUGAGCUGGCUGAUGAAAUUGCCAACAGUGCCUCUGGAAAAUCUGCCUUGCUUGAUGAGAAACGCCGCUUGGAAGCCCGAAUUGCACAGCUGGAAGAAGAACUUGAGGAGGAGCAGAGCAAUAUGGAGCUCCUCAAUGAUCGUUUCCGCAAGACUACUCUUCAGGUUGACACACUGAACUCUGAGUUGGCUGCAGAGCGCAGUGCUGCCCAGAAGAGUGAGAAUGCACGUCAGCAGCUAGAGCGACACAACAAAGAGUUGAAAGCUAAGCUUCAAGAACUGGAGGGUUCAGUAAAAUCCAAGUUCAAGGCAACCAUUUCAGCACUGGAAGCCAAGAUUGGACAGCUAGAAGAACAGCUGGAACAGGAGGCAAAGGAGAGGGCAGCAGCCAAUAAACUAGUACGUCGCACAGAGAAGAAACUGAAAGAAGUCUUCAUGCAGGUGGAGGAUGAGCGCCGACAUGCAGACCAGUAUAAGGAACAGAUGGAGAAGGCCAAUGCUAGGAUGAAACAACUGAAACGCCAACUGGAAGAGGCAGAGGAGGAGGCUACACGUGCUAAUGCUUCACGCCGCAAGCUCCAGCGUGAGCUGGAUGAUGCCACUGAAGCCAAUGAAGGCCUUAGCAGGGAGGUCAGCACUCUGAAAAAUAGGCUAAGGAGGGGUGGCCCAAUCACAUUUUCCUCCAGCCGAUCCGGGAGGCGCCAGCUGCACAUUGAAGGAGCUUCCUUGGAGCUUUCAGAUGACGAUACAGAGAGUAAGGGCAGUGAUAUCAACGAGCCUCAGGCUGCCCAAACAGAGUGAAGUGUUGUACAGUCAGCAUCCCUACCAGUGUGACUUUCCCCCUGUAUAAUUGGAAGAAAGGACAAUGAUCUUAUUGGCCACCAAACUGCCUUGUGGCCCUUGACUUGCCUUAGGCAAUACUGGCAGAAUGCUAGGCCAUGCACUGCGAAUCAGUCACAGCACAUUGCUAACUGGCUUGGCUCUGUCAUAACCUCCUUUGGAUAUAUGUACCACUGCUUGUUAUACAUAUUAAAAUGUUUCCAGUGCUUUUUACGUUGAGGUAUCCAUUGUAAAUCCACUUUCUAAGGCACUAGGUCAAGAAUGGUGCUUCCUUUGCUCCUUCUACUAUGCCAUUCCAGGAUGAAAUUCCUGGCAGCUGACUCCGCCUUUUUUCUAUGCAUGCUUAGUUGUACAGCAGUGGCAAUCCAUUUCUUUGGCGGUCUUAGUCUUGCUUAUAUGCAGGGCCUGACUGCUCCCUUUUCGUUUCAUUCUAUGAUGGACUCAAUUCAAUGACUGUGAAAAUGCCACAAGGGACAUUGGGGGAAACCUGUGUUUGAAAGGGGCAUCACAUCCUACUGGUUGUUUGUGCUACCAAUGAACACAUGUCCAUUAUGGGUAGCUCUUUAUCUUUUUCCUUCCAGACUUACAUAGUACUGUGUUCUGGCAGAGUGACUAGGUGACUGGGUACUAAUCAUUUUCUACCUAUUUGUAGAAUUGUAUAAACAUGAUAGCCUCAGCAUGAAAAUUACUCUCCAUUGCUGAAAAUGGUUUUCUUUCUGAAGUACUGGAGACAGUGGUAGUGGCUUAGUGCUGAAGCUCUUGCCAGCUACUUUGGUGCCCAACAAUGUUUCUCCAAGAGGACAGUAAUUUUGAAAGUACUUGUAAAGGGAAACAUCCUUGGAUCUGCCCUCUCCCCCUUUUCAUAUUCAUCUAGACAGUGUUAACGGCAUCUACCUAGUAUCCUUUUGUUUUAUAGCUGAGAACUGACAUUUACAGAAAGUGCCUUAGACACUACAGUACUAAGACAAUGUUACAUAUAUAAUUUGCCUAUAACAAAUGAUUUAAUGUAUUAAUUUUUGUUCUCCAUGUCAUGUUACACCUAUUCUAGUCCAAGUGGUAUUAUUGAUAUUCAGUGAUAAGGAUGAAUCAGUGUUAACUAUGAAAUCUUGAUCUGUUACAACAUGCUUGAAAAAAUAUCUUUGGUUGAAAGCUUUAACAUAUGUUACAGAGCUUUUGUUUUUGUGCGCCUGGGUAUUUCUUAAUCAUAACUGGCUGUUGACCACCAGACAUCUGACUGCAAAUACCUUCUUUGUAUUCCCAUAUUUCUAGACAAUGAUUUUUGUAAGACAAUAAAUUUAUUCAUUCUAGAGACUCA